UCUGUCCCUGGAACAUUUACUUUCAUUUUAUUUGUGUCAGCUCUGCUUAGAACUGGUAUAUUGAGGAUUUUUCUCUUUGAAACAUGCCACAGCUAAGUGUAAUACAUGCUGAACAUGCCUCGAAGUCCAACAUCAAGUGAAGAUGAGAUGGCUCAGAGUUUUUCAGAUUAUUCAGUGGAAUCAGAAUCAGAUAGCUCUAAAGAAGAAACCAUUUACGACACUAUCAAGGCGACAGCAGAAAAGCCAAUUAGCAAAAUGGAAGACACCCAGAAUAACACAUUAGUGAUACGCAUUGUAAUACCAGAUCUACAGCAAACUAAGUGUAUUCGAUUUAAUCCUGAGGCUUCAGUAUGGGUUGCAAAACAACGAAUUCUUUGCACAUUAAAUCAAAGUCUGAAAGAUGUUCUCAAUUAUGGCCUAUUCCAGCCGGCAAACAAUGGGAGAGAUGGGAAAUUUUUGGAUGAAGAACGUCUUCUUAUGGAAUAUCCACAAACUGUAAACAAGGGUGUUCCAUCCUUAGAGUUUUGCUACAAGAAAAGAGUAUAUAGACAACUAAAUCUUGAUGAAAAACAAGUAGCCAAAUUCCACACUAAGGCUAAUUUUCGAAAAUGUAUGGACCUUGUUCAUCACCACUCAGUUGAAAAAAUAAUAAAGAUGCUAGACCGAGGACUUGAUCCUAACUAUCAUGACUUAGAAAGUGGAGAAACCCCAUUAACUCUGGCAGCUCAACUUAGCAAUACCACAGAAGUAAUCAAAGCACUGAAAAACGGAGGAGCUCAUUUAGAUUUUAGAGCCAAAGAUGGAAUGACAGCAUUACAUAAAGCAGCUAGAGCCAAGAACCAAGUGACCCUGAAGACCCUCUUAGAGCUUGGAGCAUCUCCAAACUACAAAGAUAGCUGUGGGUUGACACCAUUGUAUCACACUGCUGUAGUAGGAGGAGAUCCAUAUUGUUGUGAGCUGCUACUACACGAGUAUGCUACGGUUGGUUGCAGAGAUGAAAAUGGAUGGCAGGAAAUCCACCAGGCUUGUCGAUAUGGGCAUGUCCAGCAUUUAGAACAUUUUCUGUUUUAUGGAGCAGAUAUGGGAGCUCAGAAUGCAUCUGGAAACACAGCGUUGCAUAUCUGUGCACUUUACAAUCAGGACAGCUGUGCAAGAGUAUUGUUGUUACGGGGUGCAAACAAGGAAUUAAAGAACUAUAAUAAUCAGUCACCAUUUCAG